AUGCGGAAAGGGUCCAACCUGGAGAAGCGGGUUGGAGAUGGGUUACACUGUGAUGUGUCCCUGACCCUCUCUCUCUCUCUCACAGGUUUUUACGACGUCAGUGACAGCAUGUCAUGCUCCCCCUCGAACUCCUAUACGUCCGUGUACAGUGAGUGUCCAUCCAGCUCGCGGUGGAGCAUGCAGUCCCUCUCUCAGCUUCCCCGGCCGAAUGGCCACUGGAACAGACCCCGCUCGACUGACGACGCCGCGAUCUGUUUCGGGGACCUCCGGUCGCAGAGGCUGCUGCUGAGCGGCCGGGACGUGCACGCAGGAGAGGCCGGCGGGGCUGUCAGGAGGUGCAGGGUCUCGCAGAGGCCGGUCUCGACAGGAGACCUGAUCCCUCUUCGUCGUUCCCUGAGCACUGACCCAGGCAGAGGCCCUUCACCCUCGAGCCUGGGCUGCUGGCUGCCUCCAGGGCCCCCUGACCGCAAGUACCGCUGCGACCUUGUCUCCCAUCAUGGCGCCGAGGUCUACCACUACCCGAGCCCGCUGCACGCCGUGGCCCUGCAGAGCCCCCUGUUUGUGGCCUGCUCAGCCCGGGCCUACCCUGUGUGCCUGCCGCCCCCCAGGGAAGCGGGGCCCGGAGCCGCGGGCGAAAGGUUGCCCGAGGCCCCCGAGGCGACCCGGGGUCGGCUGGACAAGUACAUCUCGGGCCUGGUGCUGCGUUCCCGGUGCAGGCCUCCCACCGGCCGCUCCGAGCUGGCCUGCCGGGCCAAGAGCCUGAGCCUGUCGUCCGUCUACAGCCAGAGCUCCUCGGCCUCGGGUGGGGCGCUGGCCGGUCCCUCUCCCGCCGCCGUCGUCGGGGGCUGGAAGCUGCGCCGGAGGAUCUCCACCUGCUGCCCGGCAUCUGACAGGGUGCCCUGCUCCCCGGGAGAGGCCAAGGCGCCCGGGGCCUACUCAGAUACAGGCCGUCUCCCUCCGGGCCUGGGCCUCUCCUGCUCUCCUCCUCCCUCUGAAGCCCCUCUCUACCGGGGGAGGCACCUGCACCGGGAGCUGGUCAAGUGCCCAGCGCCGCCAGCCGACCCCUGGGACCCGAGGCCCAGCAGGGAUUCGGCCACCCGUUCCCUCUCCGAGGCCAACCUCGAAUCGGCCUCCAGGCCCAAAGCCACGUCGUCGUCGUCGCCGCCGCCGCCCGGCUCCAGCGGAUCGAGGCCCACCCGUGGGAGGCAGAGGAAGUGGGCCUCGGUGCUGGAAAUUGGCAGCCUGCCCGGGCGGUGCGGGCCCAGGAAGCCCGGCCUCCUGAGCCAGGCCCAGGCUUUCCUCAGCCGUCGGCAAUGGCGGGCCUUCCCCGGUGACCCAGCCGCCUCGCGGCUGAGCCGGGAGGAUCUAGGGGCUGGGCCGUGCCCGGGGGAGGGUGAGGGCGAGGGCGAGGGCCGGGUCCCCAGAGCCAUCGAGACCUUCCCCAGACUCACCGCCACCUCGGAGUCUCGCUUCCACCGCUCCAAGUCCUUCAAGGAGCUGAGGAAGAAAGUCCAGCUGUCUAUCCGGCCUUGGUCCCUUAAGGUGAACAGCUCCUCCAAAUGAUCCCCGACACAGGGGGCUGGGGUGGGGUGAGGUCUGACCACCACACCACCACCACCACCACCACUCCCCACCUCCCCCCCCCCCCCCCGCCCCCCCACUCCGGGUUGUAUGGGGUGAGAUCUACCCCAUCCCAGUUGGGGGAUGGGUGAGAUCUGUCCCCUCAAUUUGUUGGUGGGGUGGUGGGGGCGGUUGCUGGGAUGAUAUCUGACAACCUCCCCCUGUGCCAUGCUUCCCCUCACCCCAAACCCAUGCUGGGUUGUAUGGGGUGGGCAACGAUGUGUGAUCUACCCCAUCCCACAGGGUUGGGAGGGGGGUCUGGGGGAGAUCUGUCCCCAGUUGUUGGAGGGUGGGUGUGAUUUGUCCCCUCAAUUGGUUGGGGGGAGGGCAGCUGGGUGAGAUCUGCCCCAUUCCCAGUUGUUUGGGGGAUGUCGGGGGUGAGGGGGUGAGAUCUGCCCCAUUCCCAGUUGU